AUGUCAUCCACAGAGCAGACAAGCGAAAUCACUGACAAGACUGAUGAGCAACUAAGUCCCCCUGCUCCCAGCCAAGGCGGGGAGAACACAGCAGCCCAAGUUACGCCGGCCAAAGCCCAGUAUGACGACGAUUCAGAUUGGGAAGAUCUAGACGAUGUCCUAGAUGAUUUCAACCAGCCGAAGCAAUCAAAAGCGACGACGAAAGACGCCGCCACAGCAGCCACAAGCGCAGCCAACGAUGCUCUCCCCGACAUUCCUUCUAAUCUACCUAAUAUGGAAGACCUGGAUCAAGAAGCGUUUAUGAAGCUACUAGAAAGUGAUAUGUUAGCUAAACUCACGAGCGAAGCUAGCAUCGAAAGCCCAUCAUCUCAGGAGCCACGCAAAGCCGCAGAAGAAACCGAAAUUCCCGCCGAGAAUACCGCGUUUGAGAAGUUAUUCAAAGAGAUUGAGGAUAGCGGCGUCAAUUUUGAGCAGCUUCUAGGAGGGUUACUUGCUGAAUCGGUGAAGACGAAUCAGAAAUCGACAGAGGCAACGGAGCAGACCGGUAGUAGCCGUUCGGAAACCCGCGAAGGUGCUGCUGCUGGUGCUUCAGGAGAUGUUGCUGGGGAAAAAGCAUCGUUUCAAGACACGAUUCAGCAGACGUUGAACCGAAUGCAAGAAUCAGGGGACAAGGCCACCGCUGCCACGGCUGAAGAUGGCGAUUCGGAUAUGAUUAACCAAUUAUUCAAAACUCUUCAACAAGGAGGUGGACUGGGGGAGGGCGAGGAUAUGGACAUUGAUAAGAUCUUCUCGACGAUGAUGGAGCAGCUUUCAAACAAGGAAAUGCUGUAUCAACCAAUGACGGAACUGAACGACAAAUAUGGCCCGUGGUUGGAAGAGAACAAAAGCAAAGUCACAGCCGAAGAGCUCGAGACCUACGAGACCCAGGCUCGACUGGUUAGUGAAAUUGUGGCUAAGUUUAACGAGAGUGAUUAUUCGGAUUCCAAGCCCGAAUGUCGCAAAUACAUCUGGGACCGAAUGCAGGCGAUGCAAGCAGCCGGAAGUCCACCGGAAGACCUCAUUUCGAACCCUCUGAAUGAU